CACAGAAAGCGUCUUUAUCCAAAUCGAGCGCCAGCUGGCGGCUUCGGGCGCUAUUUACCGAAAGCAGCCGAAGAUUCCCGAGCGUCGCCGAGUCCGUGAGGGCGCACAAAGGCAGCAUCGUCGUGGUCGUCGUUACGGGGAAAGUCUCGCUCUUGCUCUCCCCAUUUUUCUCAUUGUCUCGUUUUCUCCAGAUGGUCGCCUUGCUGUGGUGCUUUCAGCUUGGACGAGCUUGUUGAAAGGGGGAAAAGGUGAUUUCCUCACACAAAAAAGGAACACUCUGCGUCCUCGUUUCUCCAACACGACGGAAGCCUGCAUGUUGAAGAUGAGAGGCAUGGCAUGUGUGCUGCUUAGCAACCUGCUCUGCACGGCUGCAUCAGCAUCCUUUAAAGUCAAGGAAGAGCACAGGACGGCCUUCUUCGGCGAAGACAUCCACAUCGACAUCCCGGCUGGUAACAUCGGCGAGGUGGUCUUCCGUCCCAAGACCAACAAGAGCGUCGAGGUGCCGCUCCUUCGUGCGGGAAAAGUGUUGCACCGACGAGCUCGUCUCAAUCCCUAUGGCCACCUCGUGCUGGAUGACGUGCAGGAGGAAGACGAGGGCGUCUACGUGGUCAGCAGGAAUGAAGGCGUGCUUCGGCGCCUCACUCUCGACGUCCGAGAUUGUGCCGUGGAGGAAGUGGUCAAGUACGGAGACACUUACUACAUCCACUUGAACCAGGUGCAAGGUCCAAUCAGCUUGGAGUUCAGACCCGGUCCUGUCCGCCACUUUAAUCAUUCGGACUUCCUGCACGCAACCGAGCCACCGGCCGCACUACUCUUCCGCCACACUCUGGUGCUGGCCGACGCCUACGCCGGACGCCUGAGUGUGACCAACAAGAGUGUGGCGCUACACUCUGUCAAGAUGGCUGACGAGGGCAGUUUCACCGUGCGCGACCACGAGGGGAAAGUGCGAAGGAGGAACUGCCUUCAUGUGCGAGAGCACCAGGACUUCCUGCACCCUUCCAACGGAGCCGACAUGACUGUAAAACUCUACCUGGACCACGGCGAAGUAAAUGUGGUCUACAGGCCCAAAUCCGGCCACCAGGACCGUCCGAUCCUGGAGCGAGGCGUUCUGGUGACACCGCCGGAAUCCCAACUGGCAGGCCGCGUCAGCGUGGACGGCUCAGAACUGCUGCUGAGGAAGGUGCGAUGGUCUGACGAGGGUGUCUUCAAAAUCACGGACCUGGCAGGGUUCCCCGUGGCUCACGUUUACGUGGACGUGGUUGCCUCCAAGCUGCCGCUGCUGACGUUGGCCGUGCUGUCGCUGCUGAGCCUGCUGGCCUUCAUGCUGCUGGUGUGUCUGCUGUCGUGCCUCUACAAGGUGCACAAAAGGAACAAGAUGAACAAGAAGCUGACGCUGCUCGCCCAGCAAGCCGGCAAGGGCGAGGAGGGCGAGGCCCUUCGACAGGUAGUCCAUGAGGCCUACAGCAGGUUCACAGAAGAGUCACUCGCGCAGUCGAUGUGCAACAAACCAGCUGAGGACUGCGACGUCACCAUCAAGGGUGUGGAGGUUUCCAAAGCGAGCGGCUACAAGGCGCUCACGUCAGACACCAACCUCCUGGAGAUGAGCGACUCCGGAGUCGACUCGGGCCUGCCCCCAGACAGCGAUACAGACGCCACCGUGACCUUUGCCUCCCACAAGCCUCUCCUCGACGCUCAUUUUCCGAGCCCGGUGUCCGAGAGAAAUCUCCCGGACGGCCUGGUGGCCGCGACGGUGCCGGACGGAGACGUCCGAACCCCCGCCGAUCCGCAGACUGGCGAUGAAAUGGCGGCCGAGGGCGGAGAAGCUGAGCAAAAGAAGGACCCGUCCCAAAGCACCUGAAAGGUCGCAAUAUCGUUAGCAUUAGCAUCCAUUCAAUGGCGAGCUAUUUUGAGGGAAGCACAAUCACCGAUCCGGACAUCAGUGUCGACUACAACAAAGGGUUUUCAAACUUUUGGGGUCCAAAGACCCUCUCGUAAUCCUAAAAUCAAUUCAACCUUCAAUUUAAAUCUCGAGAAAUAUAUAUUUUCUGGAACAUAUCAACCGAAAUAUCGAACAUCAUAGAAAGAGGAGCUAGCGACUGUGAACCAUGCUAGUUAGCCGCCUCUGUCACGACGUCAUUUGUUUCACCAAUCGUGGAUGCGCUAACUCUCGCACUUGGUUGCAAAGAUUGAUAACAAAACGGAAUUUGUUGAUGAGUGGCACAUGUAAAUUUGAUAUCCUACUGGAAGUUUUGCCUUCUGCGGGAGACCAUCUUCAUGAGCACAUUUUGCAAAUCCUUCCUCUGCCGAGCCAUGGUCACUGAAAUUUUUCCAAAGGGGUGAAAAAUUAUUUUGCCGUCACUUGACGACAUGACCUCGAGCACAAUACUGAGCGCAACAUCAGAAGAAGAACAAAACAACUGUGUGCAUGCCUUCAACACAAGCACUCGUCGUUGACUAUUUACAGUAGUAGUCCAAUCACUGCAUGUGAGCCGCAAACUAAACCGCUUCCGUUGAGGUCUUCGCCUCUGGGGAUUUGGUGGAAACGACUCCAAACGGAGAUUGAGCAGCCAAUCAUGUUGACCAAAAUUGUGGCUAAUUGAACUCCGGCUUGCACAAAAGCUACUGGAAUCACCGGACGUCAGGGACUCAUUCGAGUUACAUAACGUGAGUCGAGACAGUUUUAGGGUGAGCCCACAUUGAAAACAUAUUGGAUGUAUGACCGAUUGAGUGAUCACGACUUCCUAGCCGUAAACGAAAUGAUCCAAUUAUCUCGUCGCUAAAGUCAAUUGGAGCGGUAUCAGGGAAUCACAUUUUAAAUAUUGGAACAAGUGUGCGUGUUCGUGUGCGUGUGUGUGUGUGUGUGUGUCAGGCCCCGACAAGGAUAAGCACAACAUUUUGAAGAAAAUACCGGUAAUAAUACCCCCGCAAGCUAGUAGCAGCUAAUGUAAAUAUGUCUGUGAACGUACUGUUUACUAAUGUUAAAGGAUUGAUUUUUCUAUGGCAUGUUUCUUCUAUAUACGUACAUAUACCCACAAUGAUAUAUAGAUAAGCGGAAAUGCUUGAGCUUGACUAAUAUAAGCAAUAUAUCUGAUAAUAGCACUGAUUGAUUUGAAAUGAAAUGCAUGCUUUUCCUCAAUUUGGGCAUAUAGCGGAAUUGUUAUUUCGACACAAUCUUUGACUUAUGCACUUAUAAGCAUAUGUAAAUACAUAGUUACUAUUUUGAAAUGUCAAAAGUUGCCCUCGUCCUAUUUGUAAAAUCUGAGUGUUCUUUCCCUUUCUGAUGCUAAUUAUUUAGCAAAGGCUGUUUUGCUACUCUGAAAGUCUUGGUUGUGGAUUAGCAAAAAUGAGUAACAUUGGUAAUAUUUAAUCUUUUUUUUUUUUACAUAUUUUUUAAAUGUGAGUUACUCGCACACAUAAACAUGUUUCUUUUUUUUAACAUUAACAUAUUAGCGUAUGCACUUGUUGAAGUCGUAAAACGAGUACAGGCUUCUUGAAAUAUUGUCAUUUGUGUAAAUCUAUUCUUGAAUCAAGAUGAAGGCCUGAAAUUAGAUUUUGCGUCACUAAAGAAGAGAUGAUUUCACACUAUCUUAAUUGUGUCAAAGUAUUCCCACGUAGUGAUUUGUACAGUAACGAAGCAAACAUGAAUGUGCACAAUGUUCCCGAAGUGUCACCAGUUCACGCGUGUUUUGUUUUUUGAGACUGUCAACUGCUGUGUGUGCAUGCGUUGCCAAGUCUUAUUGAUGAAUGUUUCAUACUGCUUCAUAUUUCUUUUCAACUCAACCACUUUGUUGUACAGCCACAAACAAAUGCUCCAUUGUCACUUGGAAGAACCAUUUCACAUUUCUACACUCUGUAUGACCUUUUGCAUCCUGCCGAGAGUUUUGUAGUGCUUCUGUUUUUCUGUCAUGAAUGAAUAAUUCAGAAUAAAUGAAAUUUCAAUACGA